GUCAGUUUCUAAUUCAUCACAUCUUUUCAUCACUUUUCAUGUGUUUUCAAAGUUUUCUCUCAUAAAUCAUUUAAUAAUACAUUUAUUAAUCACACAAAAUGAUCCUUUUGCUAUUAUUUAUUAUUCCAAUCGUUUGUUCAGCAAAAAGCAGUCAAAAUGAUUUGAUUUCAUUGGAAACUGCAUAUCAAAGGCCACAAUACGAACCACCGACUGGUUAUUAUAGCAGUCCCGGAGCCGUCCCAUACGCUGGCUAUGAAGAGCCACAACUGGAAUACAUCAGUCAUCCCUAUCCGGCACACGAAACGCCAAAAAGUGAAUACAUUUCCAACUAUUAUAAAAGUGCACCAAAAAGGAUGCCCUCAUAUCCACCGCCUGAGUACUCGCCCGCCAACGCAUACCCGCCGCCGGCCUCUAUCUAUGGCUACAGCGCUCCUCCACCGCCGCCACCCAAACCAUAUGAUUCAUAUAAACCACAAAAAUAUUCAUAUCAGAUGCCAUUAUAUCCACGAGAAUAUAUGAAAUACAAGCCCAACAAAAAGCACUACAAACCCACUCAUCCGAUGCCUCCUAAUCCUCAUCCGUCUAUUAUGUAUCCAAUUGACGACUACUAUGAAUAUAAAAAACCCCAACCCUAUAGCCACCCGCCCCCACCUCCGCCAUCACCGCCGAUGUCCAAACACGCGUACGUCUAUCCAUACAAACCCGAACCUCAAUAUCAGCCCCAGUAUAACAGCUACAGCACAACGAAAGCCUACCCUCCCAUGACUUAUUCAGAUCAUCCAAAACACUCUUAUAGUCCC